CACUUUUCUGACCGACUGCAUUUAGGGCUUUCGGCCAAUCGCGAUCGCUUGCCGUCGCUCCUUCUUCCAUCUCCGACCCAUCUCUCUCUCUCUCUCUCUCUCUCUCUCUCUCUCUCUCAGUGUCUCUGCUACAUAUAUCGGAGCUCGUCAUGGCGAUUCCAGGCCCUUACUCCGGAGUCAGCACCCUCGCCUUCGUGGCUCGCACCUCGGCUUUCGCCUUCGGCCUUGUCUACGGUAGCAUUAAGCUUUCCUAUCUCCGGACUAAAGCAAAGUCUCACAAGAAGGCUGAUGCUAAAGGCCACCACUGAGGACGAGGAUGUGUCCUGCUGUGGUUCCUGUUGAUGGGUGUCCUUGAAUCUUAAUUGGCUUAAAUUUUUGUUAUUGUGAAUCUCUCUGCAAUCUGGUUCAUGGUUUUCUUAGUCACUGAGACCACAAUGUACCAGAAAAGGGAAUAUCCUUUCGAUUUUUGUUUGCAAUAAUCCAUCUCUAGCUGUGUCGGGUAAAAUUUAACUUCCCUUUAUUUCACAUUAAAUAAGCAAAUGCAAAAUCAGCUUGCUAACCACAGUCUGGUACUAGUUUUGGUUUGCGUGCUACAUGCUUCUACUUCAUGUUAAACAUCUGGCAACAGCUCUCUUCCUGGUGUUCAUAUCAAAUGCCUGCACAGGUAAACAUUAAUGUUCUUAUCGUGAUUAUGUUUUAGCUAAUUGGAACAUUGUGCUUCCAUCCAUACCGUUGAUGCUUGUCUAGGAUGAAGUGGUGUGAAACCUCCCAACUAGAUUUCUCAAUAGAAACGCCUUCACAAGGAUUAGUUGAUUGAGAGCUUCGAUGAUUGUUUUGAUAAAGAAGUCAUCGUCAUCAGCUGGACAUAGUUUCUUUUAACUAUACUACACACACAAUCAAUAGCUAAUUUCUUUCAAUGUAUUAAUUAUUUGAUAGUUUUUAGGGUAACCUACCCUAAGGUGCCUCAUGCGGUCAAGAAACCCUAGCAGCAUGGGUCACCUGUGCAACUAAGAAUCCUUGUCAGUGUAUUAAUUAUUUGACAGUUUUUAGGGUAUCCUACCCUAAGGUGUCUCUGAAACCCUGGCCGCAUAGGUCACCCGUGUAGCUAAAAAUUCUUGUCACGGUCAGGAAUCCCUAUCCCUAAGGUUCCCUGAGCAGCCAGAAAACCUUGAUCGUCAGCUUGCCUCAUGCGACCAUGAAUCCCCAGCACUAGGGUCUCCUAGGCGGCUAGGGUCAGGAAUCCCUAUCUCUAAGGUCCUCUUUACAGUCAAAAAAAAUCUUGAUCGUCAACUUGUCUCAUGCAUGAAUACCUAGUACUAGGGUCUCCUAGGCGGCUAGGGUCAGGAAUCCCUAUCCCUAAGGUCUUCUCUGCGGUCAGAAAACCUAGCAGUAGGGUCUCCUAGGCGGCUAGGAAACGGUUUCCUAGUCCGUUUGCUAGCCGCCUAUUGUAUUGAUUCGUUACUAAAUUUUGAACCAACUUCAGGUCCAACCCGGAUCCGGACAGUUUCGCUUGUAACCGCUCCACGUCUGAUCCAAAUGUCUUAAGAUAGUGACACCUGAAUGCGACCCGAUACUCGCAUAAUAUGAUGAGAUAUCGUGGCGGGUAGCCGGCGGGGGACUUCACGGUUAUAACCACCGCCAGUGCUCAUUGGUGUCCAUAAAUAACAAAAAGCCACGACUCCGACUCCGAUGGGCGCCUCCGAAUCUGUUCCCCGCAAACCGCACCAGCCGAUCGAUGAGAUCACCACCGUCUCCGAGAGGAUCGAGGGCGUCGAUCCCCUUCUGGAGCGCAUCAAGUCCCUCAAUAUCGCGACGCCGCUGCUGAAUUCGCUGCCUCCUUCCGAGAUCAGCAUAUCCGACAUUCUUGUCAGGAAACCCUCCUCAUCCUCGUCAAUUCAAGGUAAUUUGAAUCCGAAGGUUUUGUUGGAGCUCUUCUCUAUGUAUCGUGAGUGGCAGGAAGGGAAGGUCAAGAAUAUAUGUGGAAAGCAGGAAGAGAUAGAUAGCAAGAUAGAAACUGCAGAUGCUCUGGCUGUUAAGCUUCUUCAGCGUUUCAAUUAUUCAGUUUCAGCUAUGAGAUCGACUGCUCACGGUCUUGCCGAAGUGCAGCAUUUACAGGUAGAAGUUGGCGAACUUAAAGGCAGACUUACGGAGGUGAUAAGCAAUUGCGAUGCAUUAUGCAAGAGAAUUGCGGCAGAAGGAGCAGAGUCGAGUCACUUGGCUCAUCUGUGAAUUCGACGUUCUCAGCCAACAAUAUGGAGAGCGAUGGACAUCAACUCUGAUCCAAUGACAACCUGGUCCUCUUUCCGAACACCCAUCAACAACAGCCUGCCAAAGCUGCGACGGACGUUGCUCCACCCAGCAGCUUCACUUCGCCUUCAGCUAGCAUCAACUAGAAAAGCUCCAGUGCUAUUCCGGGUGAUGACACUCCACCCAGCAGCUUCACUUCGCCUUCAGCUAGCAUCAACUAGAAAAGCUCCAGUGCUAUUCCGGGUGAUGACACCACCCGGAAUAGCGCGUGGUGCAGCCAAGUUCACAUUUACUAUGAUGCAGCUGUAAGGCCAUAACGCACGUAUCCACUUGUUUGACAAAACGGAAUCAUACAAAACAACCCCAAAUCAUGCUUAAUAACAGCAAAGUAUAUAAUCCAUAGUACCAUCAAGUAGUACUCCAGUAAAAACCAAAUGAAACACUCAUCAUGCUCCUCUUUUUUUUUGUGUGGAAGAAAGAGCAUAGAAAACAAAAAAAGUACCA